AUGUUCGUCAAACUUGGCGUUUGUGAGGUGAAACUCCCGGCAAUAGGGUCCAACUCAAUCCAAUCCAUUGCGAAUGUUCUUAACCCCGCCAUGGAGAAGUUCUUGCGGGACUGGCGCCAGGAUGCCCUCAACAAGCACCAGUACGACUCGGCCAUCUUUAUAGGUGACAAACUACUGGCUUUGACCCGAAAUGACAAGGACGCCUUCUGGCUCGCCCAAGUUCACUUCUCGACGGGCAACUACACUCGAGCCCAGAGCUUCCUCUCCAAACAAGACCUGAUCACCCGGAACCCCUCAUGUCGGUACCUUGCCGGACACUGCUUGAUCAAGCAGAAUAGAUUCGAGGAAGCGCUUAAUCUUCUCGGGGAGAAGAAUCCUACGCAUUUAAUCACAACAGCGGGCAACGGCCGGCGCAAGAUACAACAUACCAACGGCCACACUAGAGCCGGAUCGAAGGCCCUCGGGCGAAGUGAUAGGCAUGAUCGGAAAGAUGAAGGCGCUCAAGACGAAGCGGCGAACAUUAGAUUCGAGGCCGCUAUGUGUUUCCUCCGGGGACUUUGCUACGCGAAACAGAACGCUUUCGAUCGCGCAAAGGAAUGCUACAAGGAUGCCGUGAGAAUAGACGUCCAGUGUUUUGAGGCCUUUGAGCAGCUGAUGAAAAAUUGCUUGAUGUCCCCGGACGAAGAAUGGCGCUUCUUGGACUCCCUAGACUUCGAUACGAUAUGUGUGACCGAUGACCCAUCUUCCUCCCAAGAAGCCGCCGAAUUCACAAGGAUGCUUUACACAACCAGAUUGUCGAAAUACAAAAAUCCGGCCGCGUUUUCGACGGCAACGGAGACGCUGUCCACGCACUACAACCUUGCUAAUAACCCGGAUCUCCUCCUAUCCAAAGCCGACCUCUUGUUUACUCAGUGCCGAUUCAAAGAUGCAUUAUCAAUCACAAACUCUAUUCUACAGGGAGAUAAAUACAAUUUCAGCAUAUACCCUCUCCAUUUGGCCUGUUUAUACGAACUUCAGCUGAAGAAUGCCCUCUUCUUGAUUUCUCACGAUUUGGCCGACAACCAUCCCGAGGAGCCGUGUACUUGGCUGGCCGUUGGAGUAUAUUAUCUAGCUAUCAACAAAGUUGCCGAAGCUCGAAGGUACUUCAGCAAAGCGAGCAUGAUGGAUCCACAUUUUGGACCGGCCUGGAUCGGGUUCGCCCAUACGUUUGCUGCUGAGGGUGAGCACGAUCAGGCGAUAUCUGCAUACUCGACCGCUGCUCGCCUGUUCAUGGGCACGCAUCUCCCACAAUUGUUUCUAGGGAUGCAGAAUCACAUGUUAAACAACAUGACACUGGCUGAUGAGUUUCUAAAGACGGCAUAUGGACUCUGCACAACGGAUCCCUUACUUUUGAACGAGAUGGGCGUCGUGUUUUACCACCAGGAUCGUCUCCCAGAGGCUGUGCGGAUGUUCAGCAAAGCACUAGAUAUUGCGGAUGAGAUUGGCAGCGAUCCUUCAGCUUGGAUUUCAACCCGGUCCAACCUCGGACACGCGUAUCGUCGACUUCAAAACUGGGAUGAGGCCUUUGCUCAAUUUGACGAGGUGCUCCGCCUUGGGGGUAAAGACCCGAGUGUGUUCUGCGCAAAAGGUCUUGUCCUCAUGGAACAGCGCAGACCGUUCGAGGCCGUGGUGGUAUUCCACGAGGCCCUGGCCAUAUCGCCCCAAGAUGCAAUUGCCACGGAGCUUUUGAACAAGGCCCUUGAGGAGACUGCUGUGGCUGGUGGUGGAAACGGGGCCGAGGAUUUUGAGGAAGAUGAAGAUUUUGAAAAGCAGUUGGCAGCGAAGAAGGCAGAUGCAAGAGAUUUCUUAGCUAGGAAAACGAAGGAUAAAAGGAAGUUUGCGUUCAAACGGAGUAGUGAGAUUGGUAUGGAUGGCCAUGACAGCUUGAUGGAUUCGAGCGAUGAUGAAUGA